AUGUUCGAUCGUUGUUCGAAGAAGUUGCUUGAGAUGGGAAUCUUGCACAGCGCCUUGGCAUGCCGGCUAAAAAUAAAGAAACUCCGGCAGGACUACAACAAAAUUAAAGACUGGAAUAAUAAAAGUGGUAACGACCGGAAGACCAGUAAAUGGUACGACCGCUUGGAUGCUUUGCUAAGCCACAGACCUUCAUUCUCCGGUACAGCAUCGAGCCUUGAUUCGGGCAGUAUGGUAUUGGAGGCCGCUCCAACGGCGGAUUUAGAGGGCGACCACGACGAAGGCGAGGAAAAUCAUCAACUCUCGGGAUUGGAAACAAGCGAGCUUUGCCUUGAAGAUCAGAGCGCUUGCUCGUCUCCCUUACCAGCAACCAAACGCAAAGGAAAGCGGACACAGGAUGCACUUUUCUUUGAGACCGUCCAGGCGUUGGAGGACCGGCGUGCCGUGGUGAAUGAGUCGCUGCGUGGAGAUCAGAUGGUGCAGUUCACCAAGGCCCAGGAAACGGAGGACAAGAUGCUCACCUCAAUGGAGCGCCAGGCAGAAGUGUUCAAGCAGCAGAUGGAGCGCCAGCAGCACCAGGAUGAAGUGUGGGCGCUGCGCCAUGAGGAAGCGUUGGCGCAGCGCGAGCGGCGCCAGGAGCAGCAGGAUGAGCGACAAACUGCAUUUAAUAAUGGGUUUCUGGAAGUGCUUUCCCAGCUAGUGAAAGCCAACAGGUCUUCCUCCCUUUAG